UUCCCAACCCAACUCCCCCCCUUUUUUUUCCUUUCUUGCUCGCAAUACAAACUCAAGUCUCUAAAACGAUACGCUACUCUUUUUCAGAGAUCAAAGAAUCAUGCAAGCUUUCUAGCUAACGCAGAGAAAAAAGCGCACAACCUUAUUUCGCUUUUUGCUCCUGAUUUUGAUCUCUAUCAAAAGCUGAGAAUACAGAAUCUUUGCAUGCUGCAUAGUAAAUCUUUAAAAGCGCAAUCCCAGCUUACGUUUGCCCCGCGACUCCCCACCACUGCUGCAAAGAUAUUAUCCUUCCUUUUCCACGACUCUCACGACAAUCUUCCACCGGUGUGCACAUUUUCUUAUCCUUAUUCUCUUCCCCCUUCCCUCUCCUAUAUAUAAAUAUAUUCUUUCGUCGGCACUGAUAUCAAUUGCAGAACUUAAAGCCCCAAACCCAAGGCUCUGCGUCGUAAAGCAUUCACGAUGGCUGCCAAGCUUCUUUUAAUGUUGGCAAUAUGUCGAUGGAUAGUGACUGUUGGAUUGAUGCUGGACCCGACGGAGCUUCUGCUGCUGGGAGUCGAAGAACGGCUCAGCGUGGAUCCGUUGGACCUGGAAAGCGCUUCUCUAGACUUCGGUGGCUUGCAUAGAGCCGAGCCAUGGGGGGUGCUUCAUCCGGCUUCGGCUCAGGACGUUGCCAGGCUGGUCAAAGCGGCGUACGACUCGAGUCAUGGGUUUACCGUGUCGGCUAGGGGUCACGGGCAUUCCAUAAACGGGCAGGCUAUGACGACUAACGGAGUUGUGAUUCAAAUGAGUACUGGCUCCGGCGAAAGGAGGAGGCUUGGCAUCGGGCGGCCGGUUGCACCCAGGGUUUAUGAGAAAUUCAUGUACGUGGACGUAUGGGGAGGAGAGCUAUGGAUAGAUGUGUUGAGGUCCACCUUAGAAUAUGGACUCGCACCAAAAUCAUGGACAGAUUACUUGUACCUUUCCGUGGGUGGUACGCUCUCCAAUGCUGGCAUCAGCGGACAAGCUUUCAAUCAUGGCCCUCAAAUUAGCAAUGUCUAUGAGCUCGAUGUCGUUACGGGCAAAGGGGAACUAUUGACGUGCUCAGAAGAAGAUAACUCAGACUUGUUUCAUGCCGUUCUUGGUGGUCUUGGACAAUUUGGGAUCAUCACUAGGGCUAGAAUUGCUCUCGAGCCAGCUCCCCAAAUGGUGAGGUGGAUACGAGUGCUGUAUUCGAAUUUCUCCACUUUCACUCAUGACCAGGAGUAUCUAAUCUCCUUGCAUGGUCAAUCAGACAGCCAGAAAUUCGACUAUGUGGAAGGUUUUGCUAUUGUCGAUGACGGCCUGAUCAACAACUGGAGAUCUUCCUUUUUUUCUCCAAGAAAUCCUGUGAAAAUUUCGUCUAUUGAUGCUAAGGGCAAUGGUGGCGUGUUAUACUGCUUGGAGGUUACUAAAAACUAUGGAGAUUUAGAUGCUGAUACCAUCGAUGAGGAAGUGGACGCUCUAUUGACGAAGCUAAAUUUUAUUCCAAACACGGUUUUUACAACGGACCUUCCCUAUGUGGAUUUCUUGGACCGGGUUCACAAGGCCGAGCUAACUCUCCGGUCCAAGGGUUUAUGGGAUGUACCACACCCGUGGCUCAAUUUGUUCGUACCCAAAUCAAGAAUCGCAGACUUCGACAGAGGGGUAUUCAAAGGCAUCUUAGGCAGUAAGAAUAAGACCAGUGGUCCGAUUUUGAUCUACCCCAUGAACAAAAACAAGUGGGACGAGAAAACUUCAGCGGUGACGCCGGAGGAAGAUGUGUUUUACUUGGUGGCAUUGCUGAGGUCUGCAUUGGAUAAUGGCGAUGAGACGCAGACGUUAGACUACUUGAGCGAUCAGAACCGACGGAUCCUAAGGUUCUGUGGUGAUGCGGGAAUCAACGUCAAGCAGUACCUUCCUCAUUACACCACACAGCAGCAAUGGAGGGACCACUUUGGCCACAAAUGGGCCCAAUUUUACCAAAGAAAAUUGGAGUUGGACCCCAGACACAUUUUGGCCACCGGCCAACGUAUUUUUAAACCUUCUUGCAAUCCGACCUCAGCUUCAUGGUAUUGAGGAACGAUAAUAGCAGCAGCAGCAGCAGCAGCAAAUUGAUUAGAUUAGAUUAGAUAGGCGACAUCUGAGAAUUUCCCAUAUCUUAUCUUGUACAGAUGGGCAAAUAGUUAAAAAGAAUCUUGGCAAUUUUUUGCCGGGUUAAUCGCUUAAUUGUAUCAAUUGAUAUAUUUUUAGCAAUACUAUGAUUACUAAAUAGCACGCAGGAUUAUUAGACGUGAGGUCUUUUCUUUCCCUUUUUUUUUUUCCUUGAUGUACCGGUACUGUUUUUUAGGUUUUAUAAGGUGGUAACAGUUGAGGGUGGGCUCUAAUUGUCCGUUUCGCAUAUGUAAAUGUUAUUCUCCCAUGACGAUCGUUAUAAUGACGAAACAGUUUUUACCUGA